GACAGGUGUGUAGGAAGUUGGAAAGUCUGCUGUAAUCAUACACACAAGCACAUUCGAAAUGUCUACCAGACCACAAGUUUCCGUCGUUUCCAUCAAGGGUGAGACCACGUCCACCGCUUUGCCACUUCCAGCCGUCUUCAAGGCUCCAAUCAGACCAGAUGUGGUGCACUCUGUGUUCACAAAGGUGAACAAGAACAAGAGACAGGCUUACGCUGUUGCAGAAAACGCCGGCAUGCAGCACUCUGCUGAAUCUUGGGGUACCGGUAGAGCUGUUGCCAGAAUUCCAAGAGUUGGUGGUGGUGGUACCCACAGAUCGGGUCAGGGUGCCUUCGGUAACAUGUGUAGAGGCGGUAGAAUGUUCGCCCCAACCAAGAUCUGGAGAAGAUGGCACAUCAAGGUGAACCACAACGAAAAGAAGUACGCAACUGCUUCCGCUGUGGCCGCCUCCGCCGUCCAGUCUCUUGUCUUGGCCAGAGGCCACAGAAUCGAGAAGAUUGCUGAAAUCCCAUUGGUUGUCUCGGAUGACUUGCAGUCCGUCGAGAAGACCAAGGACGCCAUCGCCGCCUUGAAGGCUUUGAACGCCCACAAGGACGUCAUCAAGGUCAUCAAGUCCAAGAAGAUGAGAGCCGGUAAGGGUAAGAUGAGAGGCAGAAGAUUCACCCAGAGAAGAGGUCCUUUGGUUGUCUACGCCCAGGACAACGGUCUUGUCAAGGCCUUCAGAAACGUCCCAGGUGUCGAGACCGCCAACGUCAGAUCCCUCGGCUUGUUGCAAUUGGCUCCAGGUGCCCACUUGGGUAGAUUCAUCAUCUGGACCGAAUCCGCCUUUGCUGCCUUGGACUCUGUCUACACCUCCCUCCCAACCAACAUCAUCUCCAACACCGAUGUCACCAGAAUCAUCAACUCUGACGAAAUCAAGGCUGUUGUCAAGGCUGCUGGUCCAUCCCAGUCCAAAAAGACUGCUUCUUUGAAGAAGAACCCAUACAAGAACAAGCAAAUCUUGUACAGAUUGAACCCUUACGCCAAGGCCUUCUCUGAAAAGAAGUUAGGUUCCGCCAAGGCCCCAGCUUCCAAGAAGGCUGACUACGCCAAGUUCACCGAAGUCUUCAACAGUACCACAAGAGCAAACACAAUGGAUAUGAAUGCCCCCACACAUGAAAGUUUGCCCUUAUCGUCCAACCACAGCUUGAACCAAAGUUUAGAUUCAAGAUUUGCAACACAGGAUGUACUCUCGUCAAAUAGCUCCAUUCGGAAUUUUGAGUCGACUAUGGCCAACGAAGAGUACACCCAGCUAACAGAUUUGCUAAACACAAACCCACCGACUCCAACUGAGGCUUUUGUUAAGGGAAUAUCUCCAACGGACUCGGAUGAUGAUGACGAUACCAGGCCGUUUAUUGUAAUCAAUCUUGAAGAUCUCACAAUGAUAUCAUCGUAUCCAAACAACACAACUCCGAACUCCUUUGUAUACAACGCAGAUCAUUCACAGAUGCCAAACACGGCAAAGGAGGUACCUCAUGAUAUUGAGCAAGCAGAAAACUAUACAUCACCUUUGAUCAUGAGACAUGUCAUCAAACAACCGGACGAUAUAUAUCUCACCAGCAUAGUAAAGGCAUACCAAUACCCGAAAGCGUACCAUGCUCUCAUUGCGUAUUUGAAGAAACGAUUCAAUAAACGGCAGUUGCUUGAAAUUGCUAAAUGUAUGGCCAAAUAUAGACCUAGUUUUAUCAGUGCCACCAAGAGUUUGUAUGAGAAUGAUUUGAUUUUCACAGAGAGAAGUUUUCAAAGAACUCUUCUGGAAUAUGAAAACCUGAUCUCAAUGUCUCCUUCGCCUACAAUCAUUUGGAGGCGUACUGGUGAAAUUGUUGCCUUAACCAACGAGUUUGCUGUGAUGACAGGCUAUUCACGAAUGAGUUUGUUGAGUAAACGGACUUACAUAGUGGAGUUGAUGGAUGAUGAGAGUACAAUCAACUAUUUUCGGAGUUUCAGCGAGUUUGCAUUUGGUGAUUUGAAUGCAACUUACGUGACUGAUUGUAAUUUACGGAAGGCAGAGGAUGACAACUAUCUAAGAUGUUGUUGCGUGUGGACUAUCAAAAGAGAUGUGUUUGACAUUCCGAUGUUGAUAGUCGGUCAAUUUUUGCCAGUUUUAGAGUAGUGUAUGAUUGUAUGUAUAAAUGUAUAUUAAUUAAUCAAAAAGAAAAUAAAGUUUCU